AUGAUAAUGAAGAACUAUCACAAAAUAAUGAAGUACUAUCACAAAAUAAUGAAGAAAUAACACAAAACAAUGAAGAUAUAACACAAAAUAAAGAUGAUAUAACACAAAAUAAUGAAGAAAAACCAUCUAAAGGUAUAAUUAUUGAAUUAACUGAAGGGUGCGGUUUAAUACCUAUAGAAAAGAGUCGUCCACCCCGAAGACCGGCUAAUGGGGGACCAACAAAAAAAAAAAAACCUUCUAAAAGUCAAGAACAAUUAGUUAACGAAUAUUUAUCAAAAUUUAAUUUAGGUGAAGAACUAUUGAAUUCUAGGUAUCAACACGCAAACAAAAUUGUAGACACAUUAGACCUUAAUCAAAAAUAUAAAGAUAUGCUUAAAGAAUAUUUAAAAUUAUAUAUAGACGGAGAUAAAUCACGUAAAAGACAUAAGUUGUUUAAAAAAUUAAAAGACAAGAUUUCAAAUAUUCCAAGGAAUCAUGGUCUUUUCACUAUUUGUGAUUUUGUAAAUCCAUAA